AUGGCAUAUGCGAAAAAAAUAACUGCUUAUUUAGGAGAUAAACCUUUAAGUCCAAUGAAUAUAAAUGAUAAAAAAGUAACAUUUUAUCCAAUGGAUUAUAAGAUGUGUUUUAGAUUUUUAUUAAUUGAAACAUGUGAUUCAAAUUUAUUACAUGAAGGACUUAAAAGUCAAAACGUUCGAUAUAAAAUAUUAACAGAUCCAACUAAUAUAUAUUCGAAAGUAAAAGAAGGAUAUAGAAUAAUUGAAUCUGCUCCAAAAAUUUGUGAUAAAUGUAUAAUUAAUAGAGCAAAUUUAAAAUUAUGUUCUAAAUGUUCUAAAGAAAAACUUUGUUAUGAUUUUUGUAAUUUAAAAUGUGGAAGAUGGUAUUCACCUGAUGAGUGGUUUAUUUUUUGUGUAGAUUUUGAUCAAAUGAUAAAUUGUGUUAUUAUAUUAAGAGAACCUGAUCCAAGUAUUAUUAUGGAUUUAAAAAGAAUGCAAGAAGAUGAUAAGGAUAAAUAUGUUGAUAUUCGUAGUAAUCGUGAAAAUG